ACAUACCAAAGUUAGUUCCCUCCAAAUGGAGCUAUUGUUCGCAUCUGUUGACCCGUUUCUUCGUUCAUCAGUGGAUUGCCCCAACAACAUACGCAGCCCCGAACGCCUCCCCGUCCGUCUUCUAAUAAUUCCUCACACAUAUCUCCCCCCCUUCAUCGAGCGGUGGGAUGGGCUGCAUCACCACGCGCAUCAUAUUCCGGUGUCAUGAAUCAAGAGCUUGGGCUGUGGGGCCAUGAUGGUAGUACGGGGAGGAUUGCUGAUGACGAAGGCGAUGCGGAAGAGGACAUUGUAUAUGACGACGAUGAGGACGAGUUUGGACUUCCAAGCAUUGCAAGUAUGCGGAAGAGACAAAGUCGGAAAACCGACGUUUUUCAGCCCAAAGCUGCUCCGCUUGGUAUACUUGAGGACAAACCUUCAACUCUUGGGGUGAACAUAUCAAGCAAUAGACAGCGAGCAAAUAGCUCUGAUAUCGCCGAAGAACGUGAUAUUCCACUAUACCCAACGACUAGGAAGGGGGAUGGUAAAAUUUUGCGGCCUCAGUACAAAGAUAUCUUGAAAGAUCCGGCGAACGCCUUAAAUAUCAUCAAUCAUACCACACCCCCAAAGAGUGCAUCGCCGAAAGAGAUGGACGCGUAUACAAGUCGCAUAUCAAGGAUCAACAAAUUUAAGCGUCUCCUGCAGGCGAGCAUUGUGCCACUAACGGAUUUGAGAAACCUCGCUUGGUCGGGCGUCCCUGAUGAAGUACGAGCUAUGACUUGGCAACUCCUUCUCGGUUAUCUUCCCACAAAUAGCGAACGGCGUAUUGCGACUCUUGAACGAAAACGAAAAGAGUAUUUAGACGGGGUUCGGCAGGCAUUUGAGCGCAAUAGUGCUGCGACCGCCGGAAUUCCACCACCUUCAACUACUGGGCGUGGCCGGGGUCUUGAUGAGGCAAUUUGGCAUCAAAUCAGCAUUGAUGUUCCUCGCACCAGCCCUCAUAUCCAACUCUACAGUUAUGAAGCCACUCAGCGAUCAUUGGAAAGGAUACUGUAUCUAUGGGCGAUCCGACACCCCGCUAGCGGUUAUGUUCAAGGUAUAAAUGACCUUGUUACACCGCUAUGGCAAGUGUUCCUAGGGGUUUAUGUUACGGAUCUCAAUGUUGAAGAGGGUAUGGAUCCCGGCCAACUUCCUCGGAGUGUGCUGGACGCGGUGGAGGCGGAUUCAUUCUGGUGCCUGACCAAACUACUGGAUGGAAUUCAGGACAACUACAUCUAUGCCCAGCCUGGCAUUCAAAGGCAAGUAAGGGCUUUGCGUGAUUUGACCAUGCGUAUUGAUGCAACCCUCGCGAAACACCUAGAGCAAGAGGGUGUUGAAUUUAUGCAAUUCAGUUUUCGGUGGAUGAACUGUUUACUCAUGCGUGAAAUGAGUGUGCAAAACACAAUAAGAAUGUGGGACACGUAUAUGGCCGAGGAACAGGGCUUUUCGCGAUUCCAUCUGUACGUCUGUGCGGCAUUCCUUGUCAAAUGGACAGACCAAUUGGUGAAAAUGGAUUUCCAGGAAAUUAUGAUGUUUCUCCAAGCCCUCCCGACGAGGGACUGGACAGAGAAAGACAUUGAGCUACUUCUCAGUGAAGCAUACAUCUGGCAAAGUCUCUUUCAAGAUUCUCGGGCCCACCUUCGUCCAAACACGGGUGAUCAUUUGCCCGAUAACGGAUUUCAAUAACAGCCUUGCUGUGCCUUUGUUAUGGGAACAUUACAAGCCUUGUGAACGAGUCUCCUGCAGCCAGAGCUUUGAAAUCGAAUUCCAAAUGUAGAUUAUGUCCACAUUCCGAUCGCCUCGGAUGAUGCCGCAAUGAACAACCCAAUCUGAUUGCCUGUUGGUAUCCGCUUGGUCUCGACGUUCCAGACUGGGCCACCAUCAUCAGGAACGCCAGAUAUCGCUGGCAUGGCUGUCUACCUGGGACGGUAAAUUCCUAUCUGCGACUAUUGAAGAUAAUGAAGAAGUACUCUCUUGUUGACGUUGGCGAUGACUGGUGCAGCUGGUGCGACUGUAAGACUAAAGCUAGGUUAGGUGAAGGAGCCGGAUUAUAUGCGGGAGAUCAUAUAUAUGUUCAAUGAUCUCACCGACAAUAUAGAAACAAAUCUUGGUAUAUACUUAGGAGCGAAACAAUU